UGGCAGCAGCAAUUUAAAAAUAAACAAUUUUGUGUGUAUUCCAUGUAAAAUGCAAGAAUUUAGCGCUAAGCAAAAUGCGCUAUUUGCAUGUCUUGACGAUGCAAGUAAGGAUCUCAAAGGCACAGCCUUGGACCAGAGUACAGCAAAGCCAUAUACAAUAAAUGCACUGCAGCGAGCCAAUGACAGUCAAAAUGAGGGACAAGAAGUCAUGCACUACAGAAAGGGACGCAGCAUUGCGGCUGGCGGUCAGGCCGAGGAUAGGGAACUACGUCGUAUGCGUGGCAAGGAGAGUAUAUUUAAGAAGCCCGAGCUACCCAUUGGCCGCUGUUUGAAGCCACGCAAGACUCCCGAUUAUCAAAUAAACCCACACAAAUGGAAGAAAUACUCACUCGCCGAUGCAGACAUCUCAGAUCAGAGCAACUCCUCGGCAGCUUUGGCUUUUCUUAAGCAAAUGGACGCACGGCGAGAGGCAGAAGCAGAUGAUAUAGCCGAUGACGAAGCAGGCAGAGCAAACAAGAUAGAGUUUAAGAAGACAAGCAAAUUGCAGCGGAAUUUCGCGCAACGUCGGGAAAUUGAAGUAGAUGAUGCUGAAGUGGACAAGCCACAGCUGCGUGGCUCCAAGCUGGUUAUGCCAGAGUAUGUAAUUGGUCAAAAGUCGACAAAGAAAGCAAAGAAAACACGGAUCAGCAAUCAGGAACGUGCAGCGGGCAAAUUGCAGCUAUCACAUCUGGAAGAGCCAGAAGAGGAAGAGCAGGAUUAGUCUGACUUUAGAUACUAGUGUAUACAUAUGUAGUUGCUUACAUACAGCAUAUAAAACAUUUAUUGGAAAAACAGAUAUAAGAGUAUUUUUGUAUAAAAGGACAGCACGAAUAUGUUGUAUAUACUCAGUGUAUAUAUGUAUGUAGGUAUAAAAAAAAUGUCAAAGUGUAUAAAAAAAU